UCCUUCAACAGACCUUUCCCCAGGGUUCUCUUCCCUGUGACCCAGCAGCCUGACGCCUCAUCUCUGCCACGCUUGCUUAUGAAUAAAGAACUCUAGAGUCGUGUGUGCCCGCACACCCAAGCACACACGCGCAUGCACACGCGUGCGCACACACAUACACACACACAGAGAGUCCUUUUUCCGUUCCCCUCCUUUGUUUUCUGAAGCCUGGGGAAAGUCGGUGACAGAGGUGUUUCUGUUUUUAUUGUUGUGUGGGUUUUUCAUUUUGUUUUUUAAACAUUCCAAAGCCAUUAAUGAUCAGAUCUAGGAAAACAAAAACCCUGAAUAGAAACAAAACUUUUGAAUGCUGGAUUCCAAAAAAAGUUUGAUCUGGACAGCUUCUUUGAGACUAUUUAAAAACUGGUUCAACAGGUCUCUACAACGUCAAGAUCUAACUAAGCUUUAAAAGGUCAAGAAGUUUUAUGGCUGACAAAGGAUUUGCACCAGCGCAGAUGGCCUUUCUCACCUUAAGCUUCUGGGGGUUUGGGAAUUGCACCCCAUUUCUGUUCUGUCUGAGUUGCAUCUCUGCGAGCAAGGGCUGAAGGAUAGCUGGGAGUAUGGCCACCCUGCUCCACGAUGCGGUAAUGAAUCCAGCGGAAGUUGUGAAGCAGCGCUUGCAGAUGUACAACUCGCCACACCAGUCGGCCCUCAGCUGUAUCUGGACGGUCUGGAGGACCGAGGGCCUGAGGGCCUUCUACCGGAGCUACACCACGCAGCUGACCAUGAACAUCCCCUUCCAGUCCAUCCACUUCAUCACCUACGAAUUCCUGCAGGAGCAGGUCAACCCUCACCGGGGCUACAACCCUCAGUCCCACAUCAUCUCAGGUGGGCUGGCUGGGGCCCUGGCCGCAGCCACCACCACCCCACUGGACGUCUGUAAAACCCUUCUCAACACACAGGAGAACAUGGCCCUCAACCUGGCCAACAUCAGCGGCCGGCUGUCAGGCAUGGCCAACGCUUUCCGGAUGGUCUACCAGCUCAACGGCCUGGCCGGCUACUUCAAGGGCAUGCAGGCCCGAGUGAUCUACCAGAUGCCCUCCACUGCCAUCUCCUGGUCUGUCUAUGAGUUUUUCAAGUACUUCCUUACCAAGCGCGAGCUGGAAAAUCGAACUCCAUACUAAAGGAGCAGGCUGUGGGAAGUGAUUCCGGAGUCUUUCGUUUUCAAAAGGCUUUCCCUGCCUGCUUCCAUUCCUGGCCCUCACACCAAGAUUGUGUUUGCAGGGUGGGCCUUCACUCUCGACGCCCUAGAGAGAGAGGAGGACAGGACAGCUGCUCUCCAAGAAGGCCGUCCACAGGCACAUCCGAGGUGGUGGUAGGUGGGGAAGGACUUUGGAAGGGGAACGAGAAAUUGCUUUUUCUCUUCCUCCCCUAAGAGGAAUGUAGCUUUUCUGCUUCACUGGAACAGUCUCCUCCCUAGAAUCAUAGAUCACGUGGGAGGGCAGAAAAUGUGCGUGACUGAAAACAUUAAAGAAAAGAAGUGUAUGUAUAUAAAAGUUCCAGUACACAGUGUAAAAUAGAUGGAUAAUGUUUAUCCUUUAUUUUUCUACAUAGAUGUUUUUGGAUUUGUGUGUGUGACUGUGUGUGUGUACAACUAAGUGUUACAGCUGGAAAUAGAAAGCUGAUUUAAAAAAAAAAGAUGCAGAGGGCUGUAUCUUUCCACAGGGGAGGUAAUAAAAAGCUCUGAAGUAAUCAACUGCUGAAUAUGGCCUAAAAUUGUGUUGAGCCCCUGGUGGAAGUUUGACUUGAAUGUAAAAUAAUAAAGUUUUUAUUUUGAAUUUCUCUUUUCAUGGGGGACCAAAAGGUACGUUGAACAACAACAAAAAAAAUAAUUUACUACUAGCCACUUUUUUCCAAUUGUUUGGUCUUACCUUCAUGUGCCUUUUCCCUUACGCUCCUAAAAAUCCCAGAACCAUCUGCCUGGGGUAGUUUCUCUUGCUGUAUGUAAGCCACAUGCUGGGUGGCAGGGUCACCUACUGGGCGGUUUGGUUUUCUUUCCUUGUGAAUGACAGGAGUAUGUGCUCCCAGGGUCAGCACUUACAAGCCCUGGAGUGCCAGUGUUGGGCCACUUAGGGGCAGGUCGUUGGGAUUAAACCGACCUUGAUCUAGGACUUCAUUCAUCAACCUUUUAUGCAGGCACUUCAGGUAUUCUUGACUAUAUUGACUAAAUCUCUUGACCUCCUGUUUUCAUGUUCAGUUUUAGGGAUUUAAAAAAAAAAAAAAACAACCUAACAAGUGUGUCUAUGGCAUUUGUGUCUCCCCUGCCUGCCAUUAAUUCCUUUCAGAGGUUCACAACGUACGGCAACAGGAGCCAGGUUCUGGAGCCAGCCGGCUGCUGAAUCAGACCCUAAGGCACAAGUCGGGUGCCUCUCCAGCGCCAUCCUUGGCCUCGCCUGGUCUGCUGAGGAUGGAGGGCUGAGCCACCUUUUUCUCUGGAUUGGUGUGCUGGAGCUAGAUUACCACUAAGAAAACGCAAACCUGUUUCCGCCAGCCUCACCCUUCACCCUUCGACUGAUUCCCAGACCCCUCUUCAAGACCGGAUGGCUUCACAGUUUCCUUUUGGAGCCUUUUUAAAUGAGCAGGAAGCAUGUGUGUGUUUUCAUUUUGGAAGGCCUGGUCCUGACCUUGGCCAUGACCUCAGGCAAGAUGAAUGUCAUGCAGCUCGCUGUGGCGCACACUGAGCUCUUGGAUGCUGUUACCUCCUGGGAAGAACUCAGGUGGCCCUGGACAGUUCUCAUCUGGGGCCCUGCACUCAGUGCCUCCAGCUGUGCUUUCUGGUCAGAGAGGAGUAUUGCCUCAGACAGCUUCCACGAGCACCCUGUGAGUGAGCCCCUGCUUUGGAGUUGGGGGCACAUCCACUGGUGUCCCACUAGGGGGUGCACAAAGCCCGUGGAGAUCAUGCACUAUGAGAAGUGUUUACAUCUCUUCAUGUGCCUGCCUUACUGUUCAGUUCUGUGAAUGGAAGGAAAUACUAGAUCAAAUUCUGAAAAAAUUAGUCACCCCUUUUUAUCCACUUACAAUAUAUCACACAGCUUGAAAAUGUUCCUUAUAGCACUAUUUUUUUUCUACAAUAUUUAGAAAAGCUGUCCACCUCCCUAGGAAAGUUCAUUGUGGAGGGAGACCAAAUGGAAAGGUGGGAAGCGAUUGGGAGAGUCCCUUGGCUGCUCCUGAAAGUCUGGGAUUAGCUGGAAAUGCUUUCCCCACUGGGUCAUCCUGAGCUGAAUGAGCUGUGUUACUGAAAAAGCUCUGAAAGUUGUGAAGCACUAUAAGUGGUCAUUCAUUUUGUGGGAAAUGACUUCCCCUGGCCCUGAGCUCCAGUCUCUGCUGUUGCCCCAUGCAGAUUGCAGUCCAGCUGCUUGUGGCUGACUUUGCAAAGUUCUGAACAGGAAAAAUGUUCUCCCCGCUCCCCAGGCCUGACACAAUCAUGGCAUGUGUCCUUGGUCCUUGGGAGUGGUGUCUGCAGCCAGACAGAGCCACUGGAGUAUGGUCCUCACACGUGAAGUAUGUGCAUGCUUGCACACAUGUGUGAGCUCUUCUUAGACCACUAUUUGAGAUGCAACCACUUGUACAUCAGUUUUACUUUACCUCUCUUUUUUCUUUUUGUCUUUUUGCUUUCAUGCUUAUUUAUUUUUGUUAGAAUUGAUUUUCCCAAAUGGGAUGAAUCUUCAGCCCAUGCCUAUUUUUUUCUUAACUUUGGAUUGAAUCCAGCCAUUUGCCUGGACUACAUGUGUGGGUUUUUUUUUUUUUAAUGUUGGUGUAUUAUUUCAAAUGUUGUCCUCCAAAGUCCCCCUCAUCUCUAACACAUUAAGCCAAGAAAGUUUUAUUUAUCUUUAUUUAAGAAAGGUGGUGCCUGUUAAAUGCGAUUGUAUUGCUGCUUCCUGCCUGCAAACGCACAAUGUAUGUUAUCAGGGUGAAUAAGUCUUAUUUCUUAAAUACCUCUAGUGAAUAUCAUUGUUUUUGCCUCUCCUUUGUUGCCAACUAUUUGAAGAAGGGGAGAAAUGUGUGUUUAUGAGUGGGGAUGUUUCUGAUAUGCUGCUAAGGCUGUGACAUGAGCUAGAGAAAAUAAAGCCUCGAUCUCUGAAGUGUUGUGAUUCUGUGGGGGGAGUAUUUAAGAGGUCAUGGACAGAAGUUACCUGAUUCAUGGGCUUUUUUGCCUAUUCCAGUCACUCAUUAAGGACUGGGACCCAUGGUUUUGGUGGGUCCCAGCCACCAAAACAGAGUGCUUUUUCAGCCUCUUGUGAAAGUGGGAGCAGAUUCCCUCCUGGGCUGCCGGAACCGCCCAUGUUAUCACCUAGGCCAGGCGCUGGAGCCUCCUGCUGGCUUUGCUCACAGUGCUGGGGAGGCGUGGGAGUGGGAGUGGUACAGGUUAUACCUAUG